GAGCCCGAGCGCACUCCGCCUGCAGCCCAGCUGCCAGCGCCGUCUCCCGCGGCCGCCGCCGCCCGACAGCGCGCCCGGAACAUGCCAGCCUCGCGCAGCCUGCGCUGACUUCCCCGAUACGCGCCGCGGUCGGCACGGAGACUUUCUGGGCUCUGGAUGGUUCGUGGGCUGCUCACCCUCGCCCACCCCUGACGCCGCGGACCGCAGCUCCUCAGCCCCGCAGCCCCGCAGCCCAGCAGCCCCGCAGCGGCGCCGAGGACAGUGCAGCCGAGUUGCGUCUCCCUCGCGCGAGCAGCCAUUGUUUGAUGUCCUGUGACUGAGAAACCAGGCUUUAAACUUUAUGCCUUUGGAGAUGGAGCCCAAGAUGAGCAAACUGGCCUUUGGCUGUCAGAGAAGUUCCACAUCAGAUGAUGACUCUGGCUGUGCAUUGGAGGAGUACGCCUGGGUCCCCCCGGGCCUGAGACCAGAGCAGAUCCAGCUCUAUUUUGCUUGCUUACCAGAGGAAAAAGUUCCUUACGUUAACAGCCCCGGAGAGAAGCAUCGGAUUAAACAGCUUUUGUACCAGUUACCACCACAUGAUAAUGAGGUGCGGUAUUGCCAGUCUUUGAGUGAAGAGGAGAAAAAAGAGUUGCAGGUGUUCAGUGCUCAGCGGAAGAAAGAAGCACUGGGAAGAGGAACAAUUAAGCUUCUGUCCAGAGCAGUCAUGCAUGCUGUGUGUGAGCAGUGUGGUUUGAAGAUAAAUGGAGGUGAAGUUGCAGUGUUCGCCUCCCGCGCGGGCCCUGGUGUGUGCUGGCACCCAUCCUGUUUUGUCUGUUUCACGUGCAAUGAGCUGCUGGUCGACCUCAUCUAUUUUUAUCAGGAUGGAAAAAUUCACUGUGGCAGGCACCAUGCAGAACUGCUCAAACCACGGUGCUCAGCAUGUGACGAGAUAAUUUUUGCUGAUGAGUGCACAGAAGCUGAGGGUCGCCAUUGGCACAUGAAACACUUCUGCUGCCUUGAGUGUGAAACGGUCCUGGGAGGACAGAGGUAUAUCAUGAAGGAUGGCCGCCCCUUCUGCUGUGGCUGUUUUGAGUCUCUCUAUGCGGAGUACUGUGAAACCUGUGGGGAACAUAUUGGUGUGGACCAUGCACAGAUGACCUAUGAUGGGCAGCACUGGCACGCCACGGAAGCCUGCUUUUCUUGUGCCCAGUGUAAAGCCUCUUUGUUGGGAUGUCCCUUCCUUCCCAAACAGGGUCAGAUUUACUGCUCAAAAACGUGCAGUCUUGGUGAAGAUGUCCAUGCCUCUGAUUCUUCUGACUCUGCAUUUCAGUCAGCUCGAUCAAGAGACUCCCGAAGAAGUGUCCGAAUGGGCAAGAGCAGCCGGUCAGCAGAUCAGUGUAGACAGUCUCUCCUCUUAUCGCCUGCUCUGAACUACAAGUUUCCUGGCCUCUCAGGCAAUGCUGAUGACACCCUUUCUCGAAAAUUGGAUGAUCUGAGUCUCUCCAGACAAGGAACAAGUUUUGCCAGUGAAGAAUUUUGGAAAGGCAGAGUAGAGCAGGAAACUCCAGAAGACCCUGAAGAAUGGGCUGAUCAUGAAGAUUAUAUGACGCAGCUCCUCCUUAAGUUUGGUGAUAAAAGCCUCUUUCAGCCACAGCCCAAUGAGAUGGAUAUUCGAGCCAGUGAGCACUGGAUAUCUGAUAACAUGGUUAAAAAUAAGACCGAGUUAAAGCAAAAUAACCAGAGCCUUGCAAGUAAAAAAUACCAGUCUGAUAUGUACUGGGCACAGUCACAAGAUGGACUGGGCGAUUCUGCUUAUGGCAGCCACCCAGGCCCUGCAAGCAGUAGAAGGCUUCAGGAAUUGGAACUGGACCAUGGGGCUUCAGGGUAUAAUCAUGAUGAAACACAGUGGUAUGAAGAUUCCCUGGAGUGUCUGUCAGACCUGAAACCAGAGCAAAGUGUUCGGGAUUCGAUGGAUUCUUUGGCAUUGUCCAAUAUCACAGGGGCUUCGGUGGAUGGAGAAAACAAGCCAAGGCCAUCAUUGUAUUCUCUGCAAAAUUUUGAGGAGAUGGAAACAGAAGAUUGUGAGAAGAUGAGCAAUAUGGGAACUUUGAACUCUUCCAUGCUGCACAGGAGUGCAGAGUCCUUAAAGAGUCUAAGUUCAGAGUUGUGUCCAGAGAAAAUCCUGCCUGAAGAGAAGCCAGUACAUCUGCCAGUGCUCAGAAGGUCCAAGUCUCAAUCCAGACCCCAGCAGGUCAAGUUUUCCGAUGAUGUCAUUGACAAUGGGAACUAUGACAUUGAAAUCCGGCAGCCUCCGAUGAGUGAAAGGACUCGGAGACGCGUCUACAAUUUUGAAGAGAGGGGAUCCAGGUCUCAUCACCACCGCCGCAGGAGAAGUAGAAAGUCCCGCUCCGACAAUGCCCUGAAUCUUGUUACAGAAAGAAAAUACUCUCCCAAGGACAGACUGCGGCUGUACACCCCCGAUAACUAUGAGAAAUUUAUACAGAAUAAAAGUGCCCGGGAGAUCCAAGCAUACAUCCAGAAUGCUGAUCUCUACGGACAGUACGCCCAUGCCACUUCCGAUUAUGGCCUGCAGAACCCAGGAAUGAAUCGGUUUCUGGGACUCUACGGCGAGGAUGAUGAUUCCUGGUGUUCUUCCUCCUCCUCCUCUUCCGACUCGGAAGAAGAAGGAUAUUUUCUUGGACAACCAAUCCCUCAACCCCGGCCACAGAGAUUUGCCUACUAUACAGAUGACCUUUCUAGUCCACCAUCUGCACUUCCCACCCCUCAGUUUGGUCAGAGGACAACAAAAUCCAAGAAGAAAAAGGGACACAAGGGCAAAAAUUGUAUUAUUUCUUAACCAAGUAGUGAUGCAGAGCAUUUGUUUAAAACUUAGCCAUUAACCAUCUGAAUCGUAUCCUUUUCUUCCAUAGGAAAGUUGUGAAAAUAGUUUAAAGUGCUUUCUUUGCCCAUGUAAAUGAGAACUCAACUGCUGUUUACAGUGUCAGAUUAACAUUUGAAAGGUGUGAUUUCUCCAAUUUACCCUCUUUGGAUGGUGCCAGGUGGACGUGACAUCUUGUGCCUGUCCGGUGCGGGUGCGUUACAGAUUGACGUAGCUGCUUUGGUUUUCCAGUCCUCAAGGGAAUACUCAAGAUGCUGACUCAAGGGGAUUGGAUGUUGAUUUUAGAAGAUGGAGAACUCCAGCCACCUUUGUAAAGCAAUAGUGUUUGUCAUUUAUGUAAGUCAGGUCGGCUCAGGUCUUGAUAGUCCGUCUUGGUGUGAGGCAUGCCUGUCACGAUGACCUAGCUAACACUGUGCAUCUUAUUGUGAGGCCAGCUUGUCCCCUCGAACCCUCUUUGGCCAGGUAAACAUUGUAUUGUAUCAGCGCCAGCUACAGAUUGAAAAAAAAACAAAAACCAUUGCUAUUUAUAACUUAGUAUUUCAUAGACUUAAGUGUAUUCCUAAUUUAACGGUGCAAAUAUUAAUGUAUAUACUGUACAGUUCAGAUUUUAAAGCUGAUAUUUUUAUAUCCCUGAAUUGUAAGCCGUUUGUUACGCUGCAGUGCUAGAUUUGCUAGGGAACCAGAAUUUAUGGAUGAACUGAUUGCUUAUAUUUUAGUCAGGGUUUAUAAAUGUAGAUGGUCAAAUUUACAUUGCCUAGUGAUGGAAAAUUCAACUUUUUUUGCUUUUUUUUCCCAAUAUUAAAAAAGGCUCUGUAUGCAUGGUGGGGCUAUGUAAGUACUCUUUAAAACUAUGGCCCUAUUAAUCUUACAAGUGUUAUUUAUGGGUCAAGCAAUGUAAACUGUAUAAAUGUAAAAACAACCCCUCCACACACAUAACCCCUGGAAUAUAUGGUAAAAACAAGUAGAAGCUGUUUCAGCGAGUGGGUUUUUUCCCCCUGCCUGCGGGGGGUGCCUUUCUCAUUUUCAGCAAGGUGAUGAUUAUCUCAUGGGAAAUGACAAAGAUCUGCUUUUGUGGCAGAGGACUUUGUAGAUUUGUUAUUUUAAGAGAGGUUAUUCCUUUUUAUUCCUUCCCUCACACUAAUUUGUUGGCCUUUAACAGCAAUUUUGAAAACUGGUUCUAGUUAUGUUUUUGUUUUAAAAUCUUUAAAUUAGAGGAUGCUGUGCCAUUGAGUACUUUAAGUUAAUAUGAGGUUCUGGUUCAAGGAAAACUUACGUUGCAUCUGAACUAAUGAGCAGAUAUUUUGAUAUGUGCCACUCUUGCAUAUACAUCUCAGUCCUAACUAAAGGUUCUAGUGGCAUCCAGGACCUUUAGGGAGGCAUUUAAUAAACGCUUAAUAAAUAACAAAA